CAAUCAGCUACUAAUCUGAUACAGAGAUGAAGCUACUUAUAAUCGCUGCUUUUGUUGUCGCCGCGGCUGCCCGCCCCUCCACCUUUGGCAUUUUAGAUGUUGAAUCUGCAGGACCUAUUAUUAUUGAAGAUGGAUCUUCAAACAUCAACACUAACCCAGCCUUAGUCGAUGAGACUGAAAACAUCAAUACCAACCCAGCUUUAGUCGACGAAACCGAAGACAUCAACACCGACCCAGCUUUAGUUGACGAGACUGAAGACAUCAAUACCGACCCAGCUUUAGUCGACGAAACCGAAAACAUAAACACCGACCCAGCUUUAGUCGACGAGACUGAAGACAUCAAUACCGACCCAGCUUUAGUCGACGAGACUGAAGACAUCAAUACCGACCCAGCUUUAGUCGACGAAACCGAAAACAUAAACACCGACCCAGCUUUAGUCGACGAGACUGAAGACAUCAAUACCGACCCAGCUUUAGUCGACGAAACCGAAAACAUAAACACCGACCCAGCUUUAGUCGACGAAACCGAAAACAUAAACACCGACCCAGCUUUAGUCGACGAAACCGAAAACAUAAACACCGACCCAGCUUUAGUCGACGAAACCGAAAACAUAAACACCGACCCAGCUUUAGUCGACGAGACUGAAGACAUCAAUACCGACCCAGCUUUAGUCGACGAAACCGAAAACAUAAACACCGACCCAGCUUUAGUCGACGAGACUGAAGACAUCAAUACCGACCCAGCUUUAGUAGACGAAACCGAAGACAUCAAUACCGAUCCAGCUUUAGUAGACGAGCACGAAUAUGAACAAAUUGACACCAGCCCAGCUUUAAUUGAAGACAACCCUAUCGUCGUUCCUGGUGGUGUUGGAAAAUCCCCUCUGGUUCAAAUAAUCGUGAAUGUCAAUUCUUCUCCUAAGUUUGAAUACCAGAUUAACCAUCCCCGUGAUGCCUAAUUUAUUAACUACGACUAAUAUCGAAACCGAGACCUUGUUUUUUUGAAUAACAAAAUUUAUAGCGUAACAAAUUG